AGACGCUGCCAACGGGUCAAGGUGUGCGGCCCAGGUGCGGGCCAGGCCGGUGUCGGCCGGUGCGCCGUCUGGAGACUGCGACGCCGACAGUGGUCGCUAGCCGGCUCCGUGGGGUAGCCGCGGUGCGGGGCGGUUCGGGCGAGGUGCAAAAAUGCGGCCCCGGUGGCUGUGGCUGCUGUGUGCGCUGUGCGGGGCGGUGUGCCCCGAGCACUCGCCCAUCUACGUGGACAACCACAAGGGUCAGACGGUGGCCGGAGAGGAGAUCUCCGAGGUGGACCGGGCGGAGAUCCAGGAGGACCUGCUGCUGCUGCUGGGGCUGCACCGGCGGCCGCGGCCCGCCUUCCAGGAGGUGCAGAGCUCGGCGCCCCAGUUCCUCAUGGACAUCUACAACAGCAUGGUCGACGACGAGGACACAGGUGACCUCAAACUGGACCCAGAGGGCGUCGGCAGUGCCUGGAAGGACUUCAACAUCACCACUGUCGACAAACAGGUCAUCGACGAGAGCGACCUCAUCAUGAGCUUCAUCAACCACGGCAGCAAGCUGUUCAAGGAGCUGGACCUGCCGCGGAGCCAGCUGCUCUGGUUCGACCUAACCGAGGUACCGAUGGACGAGAACCAACUGGACACCAGUUUGCGGGUGUACCAGGGGUACGCCGAGGACGCCCUGUUCGACUACCAGUCGGUGACGCUCAGGAUAUUCCAGCUGAUUGGAGGAGAGGGCGAGACGCGCCCGGACGACAUUCAGCUGAAGGAGGUGGGCGCCAGGGUGCUGGAGCCCGGCUACGUCGGCUGGCUGACGUUCAACGUGUCCAGCGCCGCAGACCUGUGGCGCAUGUUCCCCCACUCCAACCUCGGACUCUUCAUGGAGGUGACCUCCGAGGGCGGAGAGCAGCUGGUACCGGGUCAGGUCGGACUGGUGGACGCCUACGGAGAGCAGGCGCGCCAGCCGUUCAUGACUGCGUUCUUCAAGCAGCAGCAGUUGAAGCGUCCGCUGCCGCGUCUCUCCCGUUUCAAACGGUCUCCGAAUGGGAAACGGGGCAAGAAGAAGCGCAAUCGCAGCAACUCCCAGACGAGUUCGUCCAGUCUGAAGGACUACAUACAGAAACAGGAGUUCAGCGUCUGCCAGAAACGCAACCUGUACGUCAGCUUCCGGGACCUCGGCUGGCAGGACUGGAUCAUUGCACCCGACGGGUACGCCGCCUUCUUCUGCAUGGGCAUCUGCUCGUUCCCCAUCAACUCCCAGAUGAACGCCACAAACCACGCCAUCGUGCAGACGCUGACGCACCUGCUGGAGCCCUUCCUCUACCCCAAGCCGUCGUGCGCGCCCACCAAGCUCAACAGCAUCAGCGUCCUCUACUUCGACGACAAGCAGAACGUCAACCUGCGCAAGUACAGCAAGAUGGUGGCCACCAGCUGUGGAUGUCACUGAGGCUGAGACAGACGGAGAGCGUGUGGAAGAGUCUGUCGAAGUCGCAGCGACCACCGCGCUGGGACCGACGCUGGGGCCGGGCUUGGGUAGCCCGCAAGGUGUCUUGGGAGGUAUGAGGUGGGCUCGAGGGGUGUGGAUCGGAUUGAUCAAAAGGAUGGCCCGCUCGCCGGCCCGAUUCGACUCAGCGGCCAAAUAUGGCAGAAGGACAAGGAUGAAAGAAGCUGGUAGCGGAAGCGAUGGCCACUGGACUUCGGGGAAGUGGCUAGGUUGCGCCCAUUCAGUAGCCAUAGGAGAGAGAUAUUGGGCGAUUGAGAGCAUUGAGAUCAAAUGUGGCCAUUCUGUGUUACUCUGGCGUGCGUCGCCUUAUCGUUCUGCCGGCGAUUGGGUGCUAUGUUAGGUGUGCGCCGUCCGUUUGUAGUGCCACGUGCGUGAAAUGCACGAGACGGCAGUCUAUUCAGCUGUGCCAUGUGACCUUUAGUGUGACCUCUGACAAUCGUGGUAGAAUACCGUGAAAAGAUGGCACACUCGAUCGGAUGAUGUGUGAACAGCAUCCGCCCCGAAGCUAAACUAAUGUUAGUUCAUAGUUAGCAACAAGAUGCAGUAGUCUCGGUACGGAAACGCCAUAUUGGAUGACGCUUUUAUCAAUAUUUUAAACGAUUAAGUGGAAAUUACUGUUCUUUACCAUACGCGAUGAGGUGCAGGAUUCGUCAAUUUGCUCUAUUUUAACCAUUUUCACUGUCAAUGUAUUUUACAGGUGGCAGUUUCAUAUUGUGGCCAACUGCUAAGCGAUUGUAAAAUGUGCUUGCAAGUGUAUGUGACGGACCCGGCGUAUGCAGAUUGUCGUCGCUGAAGAUAGACUUACCUAUGGUAUGUGACAGUGAAAAUGUGUGCUGCUAUCCUGCAAUAUGUCCGAAGCACUGCUGCAUACGGUCCCAGUGACGCUAUGGACCAGAGGCCUACCAAUCCAGUUACGCUAGGAGAGCGAACGUGCCGUGGUGAUCAAAACGCCACAAAGCGAAGUGGCGUUUUCGUGACGACUGUUGCCGGUGUUGCGAUGAAAAUAAAUGUCCUGUUUGACGUA